AUGCCUUCUUGCCCCCAACCUUGGUUCGUGGUUGUAAAGGAAUAUCAAAACCUCGGGAAUGGGAGUCCACCCGAGGCCCUCACGGAAGGCCUGGCAGCAGCAUCCUUGGAACAGUCAUCGUGGAGAAUGGAGCCCCAGAUGUAUGUGGGCACAGAACAAGGAAGCUGUGUUGCAUCAUCCAACGAUAAAGGCUCUGGUGACCAGGGGAUGAAGUGUAGCUUUCAUCUUAUCUCCGAAAGGGCACGGCCCAUUGCUGAGGGGAUUGAGAAAUCCUGUCCUCUCCCAUCAGCUUACCCUUUGUGGCAACAAAGGUCUCCACACCAAAUGGAGCUGACUCAGUGA